AUGGCACAGCCCGGUUCCCUGGUGCGGAUGGGACAGCCCGGUUCCCUGGUGCGGAUGGGACAGCCCGGUUCCCUGGUGCGGGGACAGCCCGGUUCCCUGGUGCCGAUGGGACAGCCCGGUUCCCUGGUGCGGGGACAGCCCGGUUCCCUGGUGCGGGGACAGCCCGGUUCCCCGGUGCCGAUGGCACAGCCCGGUUCCCUGGUGCCGAUGGCACAGCCCGGUUCCCUGGUGCCGAUGGCACAGCCCGGUUCCCUGGUGCCGAUGGCACAGCCCGGUUCCCUGGUGCGGAUGGGACAGCCCGGUUCCCUGGUGCCGAUGGGACAGCCCGGUUCCCUGGUGCCGAUGGCACAGCCCGGUUCCCUGGUGCGGAUGGCACAGCCCGGUUCCCUGGUGCCGAUGGGACAGCCCGGUUCCCUGGUGCGGAUCGGGGAGCCCGGUUCCCUGGUGCGGAUGGGACAGCCCGGUUCCCUGGUGCCGAUGGCACAGCCCGGUUCCCUGGCACGGGGACAGCCCGGUUCCCUGGUGCGGAUCGGGGAGCUGGGCGCAGCACGGCAGCGCUGGCACAGGCAGGGGCCGGGGCUGGGGCGCUGCCGUGCGGGGGCUGCCCCGGGCCGCGGCACCCGGCGGGAUGGCUCGGGCUGUCGUGGGAGAAGGGAGGGGACCGGCACUCAGGGCUGCCAAGGAAAAUCCCGGCUCAGGGCAGGUGUGAGAAGCCCCAGAAAGAGCUCCAGUGAAUCCAGCCUCAGAAAGAGCUCCAGUGAAUCCAGCCUCAGAAAGAGCUCCAGUGAAUCCAGCCUCAGAAAGAGCUCCAGUGAAUCCAGCCUCAGAAAGAGCUCCAGUGAAUCCAGCCUUGGAAAGAGCUCCAGUGAAUCCAGCCUUGGAAAGAGCUCCAGUGAAUCCAGCCUUGGAAAGAGCUCCAGUGAAUCCAGCCCCAGAAAGAGCUCCAGUGAAUCCAGCCCCAGAAAGAGCUCCAGUGAAUCCAGCCUCAGAAAGAGCUCUGGUGAAUCCAGCCCCAGAAAGAGCUCUGGUGAAUCCAGCCCCAGAAAGAGCUCCAGUGAAUCCAGCCCCAGAAAGAGCUCUGGUGAAUCCAGCCCCAGAAAGAGCUCUGGUGAAUCCAGCCCCAGAAAGAGCUCCAGUGAAUCCAGCCCCAGAAAGAGCUCCAGUGAAUCCAGCCUUGGAAAGAGCUCCAGUGAAUAUAGCUUGGAAAGAGCUCCAGUGAAUCCAGCCCCAGAAAGAGCUCCAGUGAAUCCAGCCCCAGAAAGAGCUCCAGUGAAUCCAGCCUUGGAAAGAGCUCCAGUGAAUCCAGCCUUGGAAAGAGCUCCAGUGAAUCCAGCCUUGGAAAGAGCUCCAGUGAAUCCAGCCUUGGAAAGAGCUCCAGUGAAUCCAGCCUUGGAAAGAGCUCCAGUGAAUCCAGCCUCAGAAAGAGCUCCAGUGAAUCCAGCCUUGGAAAGAGCUCCAGUGAAUCCAGCCCCAGAAAGAGCUCCAGUGAAUCCAGCCUCAGAAAGAGCUCCAGUGAAUCCAGCCCCAGAAAGAGCUCCAGUGAAUCCAGCCCCAGAAAGAGCUCCAGUGAAUCCAGCCCCAGAAAGAGCUCCGGUGAAUCCAGCCCCAGAAAGAGCUCCAGUGAAUCCAGCCUUGGAAAGAGCUCCAGUGAAUCCAGCCUUGGAAAGAGCUCCAGUGAAUCCAGCCUCAGAAAGAGCUCCAGUGAAUCCAGCCUUGGAAAGAGCUCCAGUGAAUCCAGCCUCAGAAAGAGCUCCAGUGAAUCCAGCCUUGGAAAGAGCUCCAGUGAAUCCAGCCUCAGAAAGAGCUCCAGUGAAUCCAGCCUUGGAAAGAGCUCCAGUGAAUCCAGCCUCAGAAAGAGCUCCAGUGAAUCCAGCCUUGGAAAGAGCUCCAGUGAAUCCAGCCCCAGAAAGAGCUCCAGUGAAUCCAGCCUCAGAAAGAGCUCCAGUGAAUCCAGCCCCAGAAAGAGCUCCGGUGAAUCCAGCCCCAGAAAGAGCUCCAGUGAAUCCAGCCUUGGAAAGAGCUCCAGUGAAUCCAGCCCCAGAAAGAGCUUCAGUGAAUAUAGCUUGGAAAGAGCUCCAGUGA